UGAUAUCACUGCAAUAGGCUUGACUAAUGCCGCUAUCCUUGUGCAAUUAUUUCUCUGGCAGUGGUGUGAAAGACGACUAUCGUUUAUUAGCUACUGUUGUCGUAUAAAAUAUACUUGAUGGCAGAGCGAUUUAGUUGCAAUUGGGGCCUUUGCGUGAGUGUCCGAGUGUACUGUUAUUUAGCCGUGCUGUACAAUAUUGCAGUUUUCGCGGCAAAUUUUCUCUUAUAUGUCAUUGAAAGAUCCUCGUGGCAAAAAGAUGCAAAUGAAGUUUGGAUUCGUUGGCAAUGGGUUGACCUAUGCAUAUCGUGUAUAUCUCUACUGGCUGCCAUGCUGUUGUACACCGCUCUUGUUACGAGCAAGCACAGAAUUCUUCUGGUUUUUCUCAUCUGGACUGUGAUAUGCAUUAUACUGAGUAUUAUUGUCGUGGGCUUUGGGUUUCGCGAGCUUAGUCGGGGACCAAUUCUAGCAAGGUGUCUGGGAAUCGUGGUCUCGGCGUUCUUCGCUAACGCUGUAUUUUCCCAUUACCUGAAGUUGAAAAACGCUGAAACAGCAGCAUCCCGGGCAAGCUCACGUAGACAGUCAUAUACGUUGGAGCCAAUUUCAUCAGAUUACUCUUCAUCAGACCUGUGCAAUGGAGGUUUUCAUACGGACGAGGAAAUGAUAGAGAUCGAUGCGCCUUGUACCAAUGUAAGAACCGUUCGUUUAUGGUACGAGAACACGAAGAUGUGAGAGGUCGUGAUGACAGAAAAAAAUGGAGAUUUUAAAGGAAUAUACACAGGUUGCAUAAAAAAUGGGAUAAUGCAACUUCAACCAGCUGUUGUGAAUAAGAUAUUCCGUUUAACGAUUUAUAUUUUACACCAAAAGAAAAAGCAAGUUUUUAGCUUUCUAAGGAUAUCCUUUUUAUGUCAUAACAACUAGAACUUGCGAAAUAAUUUCCAAGUAAAAACCAUCGCUUUAAUUCUUAUUCUUUCACUGCAGGGAAUUGACAGAGGCUCCAUAUUCUCUGGCUAUGUUUUUUAUGCGUUUUGGGGUCAUUUGGAAAAAAUUAUCAGUUGUACAACCACCAAUACUUUCACUCAUUCUUUUGCUUCUGCGAAAUAAUAAUGGUGUGAUUGAAAGCCAAAUAAUUGCUCUUUCUCCCUGCCGGCCAGAUAUUAUGCCUGUCAUCCUUUUGAAGUUGAAUUAUACCUUUUUCCUUAUACACCCUGUUCAGAAUGCUUUGUAUUAGUUACAGAAUUUGCACUGUAAAUUUUCAGGUUGUUUGACGUGUCGGUCUGACAUUUAAUAUGAUUAAGAGGCUGGCUUGUUGUAUAUAUAAAUCACGUUUGAUCGUCGUUCAAACAAAUUUGUGUAGUAUAUAUAUUUAUAUGUAAAUUGAUUUAAAUCAGUGAUCAUUUUAUUGAACCACCUAACUUCAAAACCACUGGUAAAAUGUGGUUGUAUAAGACGUAUCCUUUACAACGACCUGCUGUCACGAAAAAAAGUUAAGCUGCAUGUAGUAGUAUAGCUGUAGAACUGACGUUCAUGCAUGCAGUCGGUGCAGAUCGACAUGAUCGAUCAUUGACUGCCAGCCAAACAAACUGGCUGCAUGUUCGUAUGGGGGAAGAUUGUUCCGGUUAUAGCGAGAAAACGUUAUAGCCGAUUAGCCGAAUCCAAUAGCCGAUUAGCCGAAUAAGUUGUUUUUCAAAAUAAAGAAACGUUUUUCCGCUUAGCGCGUGUUUAGUUUCCGCAUAUAUGUUUCAAUUCAGUCUCUGGUGAGAUGAUUCUACGACCCGGCCGGCAGCGUAAAAACUAAAAACCGACUCAAACUGUUGCUAAGUGGCAUCCAAAUAUUGUCUUUUAAUGGUUAUUUAUAAUGGGCACAACGACCGUCAAGAGGAACAACACUUGCAAGAGGAACAACACCCACACAUAACGGCGGAUUGUUAACAUAAAAAUAUACACAACUUGGUUAUGUUAUUUUGCUACUUAUUUUAUAUGGUGUAAACGGAUGUCGCUUAUAAAAUGAUGUAUAUUUGAUAUUUAAAUGAACCCGUUGGAGUGAAUUCUACUGUGUUGAUAUUUUUAUAAGAAAAAACGUAUAA